GGGGGGGGGGGGGGCGAGAGUGGAGAGGAUAUGGGGUAGAAUAUAAUAUACUCCACCGUACUCUAUGUGCUGGCGGAUGACCGAGAAUGGAGCUUCUUUGGCUUGCUUUGGCUUGCUUUGGUCUGGACCACCACCAACUUACCUUAACUUGGCACGACCCUGCUUGCUUGCUUUCAAGGAAUCCGACCACCCACACACUGACAACACUGACACAUCCGUGGACGUGUCUAGAUGACACAAUUUUUUUUGGCCAACGGGCGGGGGGUCACCGGGUCCGACCGACCAAGCCGUGCGCCGUGCGCUGGAAGGUGUAGGG